UGUGAACUCACCUAGUCAGCCUUGCGCUUGUAGGUUCAAUUCCGCUGCGGUGGCCGAUUUUCCCAUUUGGCGGGGGCCUCGCCUUCCUUGAUAUCAAAACUGCACACCUGGUCUAUCCUGGCUCCCCUAGAAAUUUUUAGCUUCGAAUUCCAAGUUGCAUCUGGCUGCAUGCGGACCUGCAAAGCGGCAAGCAACACCGCAACACCCACAGAAACACCAUGAUCUGCCGCACGUGUCUACGACGAGCCGCAGGCUUCCCGACCCGGCAAAUACCUUCCGCGAGGAUAACAAUAGCAGCGCGAACCUUCACCACAACCCUGGGCGCACGCAAUGCCGCUCCCUCCCCAGUAGCCGCAGCCCCCGCGGCCGCAACAGCAGCAGCAGCAGCAGCAGCAGCCUCCGCCGAGCCGACACCCGACCUUACGCCCCUGACCCCUCCUCCUGCAGACGCAAAGCCCGCGCCGCUGUCGUCCUGCCCUGCGGGGACCACGCUGAACGGCCUGAACUACUUCAAGGGCCAGACCGACCCCGUCGCGCUGCCGGACGAAGCCUACCCGUCCUGGCUAUGGAACUGCUUGGAGGUGCAAAAGAAGGCCGACGCUGCUGCCGACGCGGACGCAGGCGAUGAGUUCUCCAAAUCCAAAAAGCAGCGUCGCCUAGCCCUCAAGCGGCAGCGGCAGCAAGAGGCCAGGCUGCUCGCGUCGGGCGACCUCGAGGCGCUGGUGCCCAAGGUGCCGCUGCAAAAGCAAAGCAUCAACCUACCGGCGGCCGAGCCCAACAAUCUGGAGCAGGCCAUCGAGGCGGUGGAGAAGCGGGAGGAGCUGCGGCGGGCGAUGCGUAAGGAGCGGAGGGCCAAGAUCAAGGAGAGCAAUUACCUUAAGGCCAUGUAAGGACUAUGGUGCCGUGCAAGGGGGGUUGUACGAUGGGGUUUGGAGUGUUGGCUCUGGCUGGGACCGAUAUGCUACACAUGGAUAUGGAUGCAUGAUCUCCGUGGCUGAUAGAGGGGCGAUGAGCGUCCGGGUGUGAAUAA